CUUCUUUUCAGCCCUUUGCACGCGCCGGGUCGGCCCGCACGACUUCGCACUCGGUGUCGCCAGGGUAUAUAAGUUGGCCCAACAGCACGGUAGGCAUCAGAGUUUCGCCAGAACCUCCUGAGGAAUACCAGCACCAUGAACACCCUCAUCGUCUUCGCCGCCCUCAUCGCCGCCGCCAGCGCUGGCUUCGCCGGAUACGGCUAUGGCGGAUACGGCCUCGGCUACGGCCAUGGCCACGGCCACCACGCUGUUGCCGUUCCCGUCAAGACCGUCUCCUACGUGAAGAAGCCCGUCGUCAGCGUCGGCUACGUCACCAAGCCCGUCGUGACCUACGUCAAGCAGCCCGUUGCCACCGUCUCCCACACCGUCCAGCCCGUCGUGUCUGUCAGCCACGCCCUCGUCUCCGCCGGCGGAUACGGAGGAUACGGAGGAUACGGUGCUGGCUACGGCGGUCUUGCCGUCGGCGGCUAUGGCGGCUACGGUCUUGGCGGCUAUGGCGGCUACGGCCACGGUGCUGUCCUCAAGGGAGGUUAUGGAUUCCACUAAAUCCUGGUGUAAACUACGACAGCUACCUUGCUUGUACCUCCGGUGCGAACACAUCGGUGGCGAAAUCGACGAAAAAUUCCACGCUUGUAGCAUCCCGCUACUCGUGUAUUUAUUGUGUACAAAUAAAAGCUGCCAUGAUUGACGCAUGCA